ACCCAAGAUGGCGCCCGCGGGCGGCCGCAGCGGCGCAACGCGCGAAGGGGGCGUUAGGCGGGGAGGCGAUAGGCGGCCGCCUCACGUGAGGAGCUGAAAAGGGAAGAGCUCGGGGUGCGUGGGACGGAGUCGCAGUGUUGGAAGGAGCUCUGCCACCAUGAGGAUGAGAUAUGUGUUCCCUCCUCUACUGUACCUCAUGCCUGUGCUGCUGGGGAGUGGUGGUGUUUGGUCAUCCCUGCUUGGACCUGCAGGCCAGCUCCAGAGUGAUGGAGUCAUUGUAUUGUCUGUCCCAGAAGUGGUUUUGUUAGAAAAUGGAAGUUCAACAAAUGUCACGAUAUCUCUGAGGGCUCCACUAAAUGAGACACUGGUGAUAACUCUUAAUAUUACCCACUCAUCAAAACACAACACUAUUGUUGAACUACCUGGUGAAGUACAUUUGCCUGCAGGUCACACGGAGGCAGACUUCCAGGUGAAAGCAGAUGACGUUGGACAAGUAACAGUUUAUCUUUAUACCAGUAAUUCCAACUUAACUGGACCUAGGAUUCAAUUUCAAGUGAUUCAUAGCAUCAUAGUGAAAUACGCUGAUGAAGUGAUUGGCUGGAUCUAUUUCCUUGCGUGGUCUAUCUCCUUCUAUCCUCAACUGUUUGAGAACUGGCGGCGAAAAAGCGUUAUUGGACUAAGCUUUGACUACAUUGCAUUAAACCUUACUGGCUUCAUAGCAUACAGUGUGUUUAAUGUUGGACUCUUCUGGAUUCCCUUAAUUAAGGAGGAAUUCUUACUCAGUUAUCCUAGUGGAGUGAACCCUGUGGAUAUCAACGAUGUUUUCUUCAGCCUCCAUGCAGUAGCUCUGACACUCCUCAUCAUAAUUCAGUGUUGUAUCUAUGAGAGAGCAGACCAGAAAGUAUCCAAAGUUGUUGUUGGACUACUGGCACUUGCAUGGAUCUUCACAUUUACAACACUGUUUCUUGCUGCAGCUGAGGAGAUGACAUGGCUACAGUUCUUAUUUUGCUUCUCUUACAUCAAGUUAGCAGUCACGUUGAUAAAAUAUUUUCCACAGGCAUACAUGAAUUUCCGUCGGAAGAGUACUGAGGGAUGGAGCAUUGGAAAUGUAUUAUUAGACUUCACUGGGGGAACCUUCAGCCUACUGCAGAUGUUUUUGCAGUCAUACAACAAUGAUGAGUGGAAAUUAAUCUUUGGAGAUCCAACCAAGUUUGGCCUGGGUGUCUUCUCCAUCAUCUUUGAUAUUGUUUUUAUGGUUCAGCACUACUGCCUUUAUAGGAGAUGGGGGUAUGAACCUUGUGAAUAACAUCUCUGAAGACAAAAACUUUAAAUUGAACUUGCCACUAUCCUGGCCAAGGGAUUUCAAGAUGUCUACUAGCAGCUAUCAGAAAUACUGACUCUGAUCUCUGUUUAUUCUUUGAUCUACCCUGGUAUGGAAUACAAGCUGCCUUGCCAAAUGCUGAUUGCCAGGUGCCUUAAAGGACAUCAAGCUACCUAGCCUCUACUUGCAGAUGGAGGGUUUGUGCCUGUUGAAGGUGCAAAGCCAGCUUAGCUUGAGCUGUCCCAGCAGCACGUGGCUCUCUUUCUCUAGCAACAGGAAAGAGACCAGAAUUGUCUCUUUGAUUUUGCAUCACUUCCAAAGAGCCUAAGUUCUGGCUUCCAAGAACCUGAGAUCAUGUCGAUGCAACCACUUAAUAACAAAAGGUCUGUGGACUUCAGUGCUGCUGGCUCCUUACAGACCAAACCAUGCUAUAACACCACUUACACUGGCUGGCAACAGCAGUACCUGAAGGAAAAAUGAAGUUCCUAGCAAAAAAAAAAAAAAGACAAAUACAAAUGUUAACUCUAAGAGGGAAAAUAAAAAUACUGAGAAUAACCUGGAACUGUAUUCCUAGCUCACUUCAAGCUCUUUCAGAGGUGCUAAGACGAGUGCUCAGAUAAAUGUGCCUGAAUACUUGUGGUGUACUGUCUUAACCUUUCUUGGUUCCACUGACACGCCUUGAACCCUAAACUGUGGAUAGUAAAGAUCAGAUUGUCAAAGGGUUUGUUUCAAAGGGGAUGAUUUUCAUUAACAGCCCAUUAAUUAAAGGUCUUAAGCACA